AUGGUUCUAGAUAGAGCAUAUAUCUCUUUGUUUCCAAACUCCAUUCCUGACCUGGAGCUGUGGAGGCGCUUCAUGGCUGAUCCUGAGAUCAUCGCUGACUGUCCACCGCCAGACAAUACCCCAGCUAUCAUGUCCAGCAGCAAACCUUCCAAAUCGCCCGUCAUUCUGACUGCCGCGGAGCAACACGACGCUGUAGGUUGCAUAUUGUCCAAUCCCCCGGCUAGAGCUGACAACCUCAAGAUCACCUACCUUUUAGAGCAUUCACUAGAAAGCAUUGUGCAUAACAUUCUCUUGGAGAUCCAUCAAGAGGAGAAGAUUGGUAGGAUGCAAACCGCUGUUGUUGAAGUCGAACAGCGAGCAGAGAAGCUCGGUAAGAAACUGAGCAAUGAUCAACAAGAUGAUGAGAACGCCGACCAAGAACCCGUUGAAACGAACUCUGCUGUUCUCACUGCUGGUCAGGUUCAGCUUAAGGGCAACCCGAUGAAAACUGUCAAACACAUCAGAUGUCCAAACUGUCGACUCAGGCGGUUACAAUAUCCUAGAGUCGGCUGGAACUCUCGGCCUGUCCCAGACGCAACAGAGCAAUAUUGUAAGACAGAACCGAUGAUCAUUCUCGACAAGCAUGAUGUUCAUGGGCAGCGAAAAAAGGGUGUCAAGGUCAAGGGCCAAGCCAAAGGCAAGAACAAGAAAAAGAACGAUCCUGGCUCACCAGCUCCUUCCGAAGCGUCAGACCAACUGACUCCAUCAUCUUCCAUCCCCACUGAGCAGUUUGAAUUCAAGGAGAUUGAUUAUCCUGCUGCUAAAUGUCCCAACCGAGACUCGCACCUUGGAGACCACUGGAAAUCCGUCAAUGUCUUUGCAACACAUCUCAAUGGAAGCUGCUAUCUAAAGAAAGAUCGUGCAGCGGGAAGAGAAGCAAAUGCAAAGAUCGGUGGCACCCCUCGAGACAGUCGUGCAAACUCACCCAAAGCUGCUCCCAAUGGAGUGAAGAGAAAGGCUGACGAGGAAAUCGGCGCACCAGCAAUCAAGAAGAAACAGAAGAUCAGCGACACCAGGAAGGUUGACAAGAAAGCCAUAGGAGUGCCAUCAAAACUCCGGGAAAUCAACACAGUGGACGAUGACAAAGAUGCUGAAAGUCCUCUCAAAGAGACAAAUGGCGACACCAUACAAGUCACACCGACAAAGGCAACAAGAGACCAGAGCUCUGAGCCUAGUUUGAAGCUCAAACUAAAGGGUGUCGGCUCGGGCGCUGGAGAGGUCCGUAAGAAGCAAGGAAAGAAGGACAAGGACAAGGACAAGGAGAAGGACAAGGCCUAG